AAAAAUGUCGUCUGCAAAAAGGACCGAAAUGAAUCCAGACCUGCAGAAAGAGCGGGACGGAGCGAGCUUUAACCCGUACAGCCUGACCUGUCUGCUACAUGCAGGGGAGGAGAACGUAGAGAGGAAAAGAGAGCUCGAGAGGUUGGCCUUCGAUGACCCAGAGCUCCAACAUGAAGACCUAAGCUUUCUGUCCAGGGACGAGCGUUACACCUUAGGGUUGAAGAAAACUAUCCGCUUCCUUAACAAAUGUUGGGAUCUGGACAUCACCGGCAUUCAAGAUGUCAACACCUACAGGAGGGCAGUGUUCAGAGGUAUGCUGGAGCCGUUAAGUGUUCACUACGGCAUGUUCCUGCCCACCUUACUGAGCCAGGCUACAGAAGCACAGCAGGACAAGUGGUUCUCCCAGGCCCUGAACUAUGCCAUCAUAGGAACCUAUGCACAGACAGAGAUGGGACAUGGCACAUUUCUACGUGGUCUUGAGACAACAGCUACUUACGACCCUAAGACAGAGGAGUUUGUACUACACAGCCCGACACUGAGCUCUGCCAAGUGGUGGCCUGGGGGGUUGGGGAAAUCGUCUAACCAUGCCUUGGUGCUGGCCCAGCUGUAUACCCAGGGCCAGUGUUACGGCAUGCACCCCUUCAUCGUGCAGCUCAGAAGCACAGAGGAUCAUACACCCCUGCCAGGUAUCACAAUUGGUGACAUUGGGCCAAAGUUUGGAUUUGAUGAAGUAGACAACGGCUUCCUCAUGAUGGACCAUGUGAGGAUCCCCAGGGAGAACAUGCUCAUGAAGCAUUCUCAGGUUUUACCCGACGGAACGUAUGUCAAACCUCGUAACAGCAAGCUGGCCUACGGUACCAUGAUGCUGGUGCGUUCGUACAUUGUUUCUGACGCUGCCCAGUCCCUGUGUCGAGCCUGCACUGUCGCUGUACGCUACAGCUGUGUCAGGAGACAGUCAGAGAUUAAACCAGGGGCACCAGAGCCCCAGGUUCUGGACUACCAGACCCAGCAGUACAAGUUGUUCCCACUGCUGUCUGCUGCCUACGCCUUCUACUUUGCCAGUCACUACAUGAUGGACACAUACUUCCAACUGUCAGGAAACAUCAGCCAGGGAGACCUCUCACAGCUGCCUGAGAUCCAUGCGUUGUCCGCUGGUCUGAAGGCCUUCACCACAGCCGUGAUGUCAUCAGGGAUCGACACCUGCAGGAUGGCCUGCGGGGGACACGGGUACUCACACGCCAGCGGUCUGCCACUGCUGUUUGCCAACGCCACGCCUGCCUGCACGUACGAAGGGGAAAACACUGUCAUGUUCCUGCAGACGGCCAGAUAUCUGGUCAAGUGCUACGGGGCUUCAAAGACAAACGAGAAGCUUUCCGGCACAGUGGCCUACCUGUCGCGGGUCCAGACAGCUGCAGUUUCAGGGAAAGGCGCCAGGGAUCUUCUGGACUUGGAGGAGCUAGUGGGGGCCUACCAACACCGAGCUGCAAGGCUUGUAGGCAUGGCAGCCAAUCAGCUACAAGCACACACAAAGGCUGGGAAAUCACCUGAAGACGCCUGGAACAGCUGCUCAGUACAGCUGGUAAAGUGUGCACAGGCCCACUGCCAUUUCUUUGUUGUGCGUAACUUUGUGGACACAGUCCGGACGGCAGAUGUGGACCCUGCUUCCCGUGCUGUUCUGACCACCCUGUGUCAGCUGUACGCUAUCCAUGGCAUCAUACAAAACUCUGGAGACUUCCUAGAGGACACCUACUUGACAGGACAGGAACUGCAGCAGGUGAACUCCCACCUUGCCUCGCUGCUCGCCAAAGUGCGGCCGGAUGCGGUGGCUCUGGUGGACGCGUUCGACAUCCCUGAUGAGAUCCUACAGUCGGUACUGGGGCGAUAUGACGGGAACGUGUACGAGAAUCUGUACGAAUGGGCAAAGAAAUCCCCCCUCAACAAGUCACAGGUGCAUGAGUCGUAUCACAAGUACCUGCGGCCAUUCCUGCAGCAGAACAGGGCCAAGCUGUAGGCCAUCUUUCUGCUGUCCAUGGUGCUGAAAUGCCAUCUAGCAGUUGAUGUGAGAACUGCAGUUUCAAGUUAAAGCCAGA